AGUUUCAAUCAUAAUCGACGUGUCGGUGGUGGAGGUCCUGGGCAAAUACCCCGUAUGCGUCCAAGUCCCGAUAAUCUGCAGUCGCCACCUGGCUGGAGGCCACCACUGCCGCCUCCAAUGCUUGCUGGAGGAAUGCAGCAAAUACGACGUGAAUUCAAUGGCAAUUGGCCACACAACACUGCCAUCAAUAAUGCAGCAACACGAUUUGCUCACUCCAAGGAUGCGCCUGUUCUCGAUGUGGGCAAAAGUCAAUUUUAUCGUCCCAAGGAUGGUUCACAAUAUAAUUAUAAUGUAAAUCAAUAUACAACGCCGAAUUUUAAGGCAUCGCCGCCACAUUUUAAUGGGAACAUCGCCGUCAAAAACAACGAACAAAACAAAUUUCCAAUCUAUACGCCAAUAAAACAGUAUGCGAUUCCCGUUGAGGCCAACAAAUACCUAAGCUAUGCGGAUCCUACAAGUAAACAAACUCAAACUCAACCCCAAACUCAAACCCAAACACUUCAACAUCAUAAUCAAUUGGGAAAAGCUUCCAACGGUUAUGCCGUCUAUGAGGAUACGGAAAAUGCAGCCAAGAAUGCUGUUCAUUUGAGCUUCAACUAUCAGCAGAAUCCGGGGCCACAGCUGAUGUCCAAGGACGCUGAGAAAUAUUUGCAUUUUAUGGGCACCAAUGAUUAUUUUCUGCCCAGACGUGAUCCCAACUACAAACAGCUGGAUGCUGAGCGUGAUCAAAUCAGCUAUCACCAACAACAGCAACUCAUCCAAAGGGGUCAACAGCAACAACAACAUCAACAGCCAACAGUUCAAACACUUCUACAACGUCAACAUACAGAUAGCAGUGGAUCGUCUAGUUACAAUAAACCCUUGCGCGUCUCCGAUCUCUUCUAUCAGCAAGAUCCCGCUCCAGCAAACUCGGCCGUGGUCCGGGGCAGUUAUCAGGCGGGUCAGAAUGCCUUUGUCGUCAAGUCGGAUGGCAACAAAUCAGUGAAACAUAUUUUAUCCACCACGUUGACCUCGAAGACAACACAAACUCCUCCAGGACUACCCACUUACACCAAGCCCUGGCAGAAUGCCCAUAAAACAGCGACACCAGAACCAGUGCGUUUCGAGUUUACGGAACACGAUGCCAUCAAGGGAUCUGCGAGCUACACGAAUGCGCCUCAAGCACCAAAAUUCUACUAUGAAACGCACACAUCAACACCCCAAAUUCCCAGUUUGAGUACGGCAUCUAUUCCCAAUAUUCCGCACUCAGUCAAGGAGGGUCAAAUUGUUGGAGAAUCAAAGGAUGGCACUGCUUAUGUAAAGAAGCGUCCCCAAGAGAAAGGGAUUUUGAACCCACCAAUUGUAGCAACAGACUCAGCCGAGUCGCCAAAGGAUAAUGAAGCUUAUUGUGAAAAGAUUUGCGCAAAUGUCUAUGAUGAGAAUGAUGAAAUAGUGUGUGGCUCUGAUGGAUAUAUGUACACGGGAGAAACACAACUGCAGUGUUAUUCAACUUGCUUAAAUAUUGAGGUCUCGAUACAGAGUAAGGGGUCAUGUGCAUAAAUUUGCUUCGAGUGUGAGCU